GAGCAGAGCACCAGUGAGCCAGACUCCAUGGAUAAGAAGGUGGUUCUGAUCACAGGCUGCUCCUCUGGCAUCGGCCUUAGCCUGGCUGUUCGGCUGGCUUCUGACCCCAACAAGGAAUAUAAAGUCUACGCCACAAUGAGAAACCUGGCUAAGAAGGAGCGUCUUUUAGAGUGUGUCAAAGGUCUGCACAGGGACACAAUGGACAUUCUCCAAAUGGACGUGACUGGCCAGCAGUCCAUCCUGGAUGCGAGGGACCGGGUUGUGGAGAAAAGAGUGGACAUUUUAGUAUGCAAUGCUGGUGUGGGUUUGAUGGGGCCACUGGAGGCACAAUCCUUGGACUCCAUGAGGCAGAUUCUGGACGUCAACCUCCUCGGUACCAUCCAGACCAUCCAGGCCUUUCUGCCAGGCAUGAAGGCUCAGGGCCAGGGCCGCAUUCUGGUCACUGGCAGCACAGGAGGCCUUCAUGGUCUGCCUUUUAAUGAGCUGUACUGUGCCAGUAAAUUUGCAGUCGAGGGAGCAUGUGAGAGUAUGGCAGUCCUCUUGCAACACUUCAAUAUUCAUGUGAGUCUCAUUGAGUGUGGACCCGUCAACACCGACUUCCUGGUCAACCUGCAGAAGGCAGAGCUUGGGGAUUCAUCUCUCAAACAGGUUGACCCCCACACACUCAGUCUCUAUGAAAAGUACUUGCAGCACUGUGGCUCCGUUUUCCAAAAUGCAGCACAGGACACAGAGGAAAUUGUAAAGGUAUUUCUGGAUGCCAUCCAGUCACCCUGCCCUGCCUUCAGAUACUUCACCAGUGGUGACAUUCCACCUCUCACCAAACUGAAGAUCACAGAACCCGAUGGUCUGACCUACAUCGGUGCAAUGAGCAAAAUCAUUUUCUCAGAUGAGGAACAAUAAUUUUGCACAUAGAGAAAUAAAAAAUAACUAUGAAAACUUAAGAAACACUUGCUUAGAUUGUGAAAGUUAACUGUAUGCAGAAAGAUUAAUGCCCCUUUUUGGAUCACUUCAAGGUUCAAAGAUAAAGGAGGGCCAGCUGGAUCAGCAUUCAUCCCUUAUGUAACUGUUGGAUAAGCCUGCUAAAUCCCUGUUCUCUUAUAGUCUUAGAUAGGUUUUUUGUCAAACUAUAUGUUACCUUUCUGUCCUAUAUUGGGAUCGACUGAGUUUUCAAAUCCCUUGCAGAUCAAGAGCCCUAAUUCAGGUCUGAAGCUCCCCAGCACUGCCAGUUCUGGUUGUAUUAGCCUAUUCCACAGUACUAAGAGAGUUUCACCUCUAGGAGCCUUAAACAGGCUUUUACUGCAAAGCAGUAUUUAAAGAGUAAGGUAAAGGCUUAUGUGUUAAAUAUAAACUUUUUUUUGUUUCGUAAACUAUUGAAUUCUGUUGUUUAAUGAUUCUCGUACUAUUACUAUGCUUUGAACCCAACUACAUUUCAUUUAAAUGUAUAUUUAAAUGAUGACCUUCUAGACCACCCCAUGUACAUGCUACUGCACUCCAGGUAGCCCAUAUCAUUCAUAUUAAACCAGUUUUGUUACAUUUUUUAAACUCUAAUGUGUGUACAGAGUGGGUGUGACUUGACACGUGUACCAGCAACACAAUUGUUAACAAACAAAAAUCCUGUGAAAAAAAAACUACUUUUUAAUUUGGACUUGGACUUGGACAUAUGGUUUGGUAUAUACUUGUAGGGGUUUUAUGGUCUGAAAUGUUUUAGAGCUUCUGCUCCAAGACCAAAUUCCAGGUGUGUCAUGCGCACAGCAUUUAGGCUAUAGAUUUGCUCACCAUGUAAUUAAUGCUUCUGCUUGCUUGAGGAAAAUAUCAAUUGUCAGUCUAAAUUCUGUGCGUAAGUCAAAGCUUUCCGUUUUUUUGUUGUAUUUUUACCUAUUGCAGUCCAAAGGAACUCCAUGUGUCUAAUUCUAAGUAAGACUGAGGAGAUGAGCAACAAUACAACUAAAAUUAAAAAAAUAUAUAUUUGAAAAUAUUAAUAAAAACAAGAAGGCCUAGAAAAGUAUAAAGAUGGUUAAAUUACAUUAAAUCAGAAAUUAAACAUCAACAAAAAAAUGUGGCCUUUUUUUGUGACUAACAUGAAGUUACACAUGGUUCUGUUUAAGGUUCCUUAACGCACAUAUUCCACCAGCACCAGCAUUGGUAAAUUCAAUGUCAUUUGCAAUUUAAUUAUAACAU